AUGUAUGAUGAGUACGUCUUCGAUGGGGUUGCCCCUGGAGCGAAGCAAACCUCGGAAGCAAGCUGGCUGCAGCGACAUCCCCGCCACGUCAACCCCGCCUCAGCCUUGAUGUCGCCUUUGGGAAGGAAGUCGGCCGAAAUGCCCGACUCUGCAUUGCCAUAUCAACUAUCCAUUGCGACAGGCCGUUCAGGUGGCGAUUUGAUGCCGUCCAUCUACGUGCCUCUGCUCCGUCGCAACACGGGCAUCGCUAUUCUUUACGCCCCCGAUAAUACCGAUGCGAACGAAGACGUACAGGCAUCUUUCGCCGUUUUGCCGCGUUUCAGGUUCGAGACCGUGCAUUCUAGCCGCCCGCCACGUCACGGCUUCCUCUUUGCUCUGCAUGUGGAUGGAUGGAUGCAUUCAGCCGCACAUUCACAAGCCGCCAUCCAUCGUCGACCAAAAACAAUAAUUGCGCCUCCGCCAUUCACUCGUUCUCUUCCGCUCUCGUUUUUGGCGGCGCACCGCACAAACCAGACCUCGAGCCCCCCCCUCCGCUCCCGCCCGCGCAGACGUAUAUUUCCUUAUCCUCCUACCUACCGGACCGUGCUGCUUCUUCACCCGUCAGCCGUGGUGGCCAACAUCAGCUCUCAGCCACAAUCCCAAAUCAGAGCCCGCCCCCCCCCCCCUCACGACUUUGCCUCUAGUCGCUUAGCCCAGGCCAGCAGCGAGCCCAAGCCUACCUGUUGGAAGUCGCUAGGAAGUUUCGUCUCUCCGGUCCAGUCCGCUCGCUGCCCUCUGCCCUCUGCCCUCGGCGGACCAGGCCAGGCCAGGCCAAGCCCGCUCUCCUCUUCCGACGCUCUCCCACGCUUGGGUCCCAGUCCCUAG